AUGAUCUCAUAUAUUGCUGGCGUUCGCGUCGUUCAGAUGGUCUUCGGCAUCAUAAUCUUCAGUUUAUCGCUCAGUCUGGCCAAGGGGCAAGUCAUUGAAUCUGUGCCAUCAGAAACGAUCUACGCGGUUUUCGCUGGUGGCCUCGGCGUUGUAGCCGCACUACUUGGCAAUGCUGCCAUCACUGAUAGCUCGUUGAACGGGCCCCUUCUGUGGAUUGUGGACGGUGUCACUGCCCUCGCCUUGUUUGUUGGUGGUGUUAUCUUUGCUGUUCGACUGCAUGGAACUAAAUGCUCAAGCUGGCUCACCACGUAUCAAAACAUCUUGCUCAGUGGCGGUUGUGAAUACGAGGAUUUAGGGACUCGCUCAAAUUGUUGGUAUGACAGCGACCACCUGAAGUCUAGAUGUGCCGCUGCUACCGCUGCUACCGUGUUCAUGUUCCUGGCUAGCAUCGUGUGUAUUGGCGGACUUGUCACCGCCGAUACCAGAGGAACGAGUCGUGGCUGGAGGCCCAUCUGGCAGAAGCAAAUGCCGGAGCUGAAAGUUGAAAAAUAG